GCUGCUUGUUUGACCAGAGGAAGCGGUCAGCAUACUCCUUAAUUGUGCUGUAUUUUACGCUUCGGGCAGGAACAGGUGUCAAGGCGCGUGGACGCACAGCACCGAGUCAGGUAGAGGCUGUAAAGCAUAGGGCCGCCACGGAAAUCUGAAAAACAACAAGUAGGUGACAAACAAGGCAGGGGAAAGAAAAGAAAUACAUAGAGAGGGAAAAACAAAGAGAGAGAGGGAGAGAGAAAGAGAGAGAGAGAGAAAGAGAGAGAGAGAGAGAGACACCCCCUAGAGACUAGUCGAGAGACCCGGCCCCCGGCCUGAGAGAAGGAGAGAGAGAGUGAGGGAGUGAGGGAGUGUUUUAAAGCCGGCAGGAGGCAUGAUGUCCUACAUUAAGCAACCCCAUUACGCCGUGAACGGGUUAACGCUGUCCGGCCCCGGCAUGGAUCUGCUCCACACCGCCGCCGUUGGAUAUCCCAGCACCCCACGUAAACAGCGUCGUGAACGCACCACAUUCACACGUGCGCAGCUGGACAUCCUGGAGGCUUUGUUUGCCAAAACACGCUACCCAGACAUCUUCAUGAGGGAGGAGGUGGCCCUCAAGAUCAACCUGCCAGAGUCUAGAGUCCAGGUCUGGUUCAAGAACCGUCGUGCCAAGUGCCGCCAGCAGCAGCAACAGAGCACAGGUCAGUCCAAGCCACGGCCCCCAAAGAAGAAGGCCUCCCCCACCCGCGAGGCCAGCGCCGAGGCCAGUGCCAACCCUACCAACGGACCCUACAGCCCUCCGCCGCCUCCACCAGGCACCGCCAUCACGCCCAGUUCCAGCUCUGCCAGUGCCACAGUGUCCAUCUGGAGCCCGGCCUCCAUCUCCCCGCUGCCAGACCCCCUGUCCGCCUCCACCACCCCCUGCAUGCAGCGCACCACCACCUACCCGAUGACCUACACCCAGGCCCCGGCAUACAGUCAGAGCUACGCAGGCUCCUCCUCCUACUUCACCGGCCUGGACUGCAGCUCCUACCUCUCCCCGAUGCACCCGCAGCUGUCGGGCACCGGCGGUGCCCUGAGCCCCAUCACAGCCUCCUCGAUGGGGGGGCCCCUCAGCCAGUCCCCCGCCUCACUUUCCUCCCAGGGCUACACAGCCGCCUCGCUGGGCUUUGGGGCCGUCGACUGUCUAGACUACAAAGACCAAGCUGCCUGGAAGCUCAACUUCAAUGCUGCUGACUGUCUGGACUACAAAGACCAGAACUCCUGGAAGUUCCAGGUCUUGUAAAUAACAGAAAUUGGGUUUUGAGGAUGGAAGGAGAAUGGGGGACGAAGUAGGAAAAUUGAAACAAAAUCGAAGUAUAGUGAAGGACCCAAGAUUUUUUUUUUUU